GUGCCAAUCUGGGGAGAUCAAACACUGUGCUGGUGCAGUUCCAUGCUUCCCAUCUCUUUACUUCCCUCUCACUUUAUGCUGGAGACAUAACCUAUGUCAUCAACCACUCCCGGCCUUCUUUUAUUCUUAACUCCAGUGAUUUAAAAGAAUACCCCCUGGCUGGGGAUUCCUGUUACAGUUCAAGGAAAUACUUGUUUCCCCUCUCUAAUUAAGCUCCUUCCAUACACAUAAAGCUGACUCCCUACCUGAGAGAGAGAGAUGGCUGUAGGCAACAUAAAGCUCAUUCAUUUCCCAUUCAUUUGCUCUGUAUCUGCAAGCAAGCUCUGCUCCAGACAGGGCUUCUCUGAAUCCUGGCGUGAACCCUGCACACCCCUGUGGGCAGGCCAGACCCCGUCAAAUCUGAAAGGGACUACACACAGCAGUACAGCCACGGAUCUCUAGGGUUAAUGCCCAAUUUUCCAGCUGAGGGUGACUUGGCAUUGCAAUCAGCAGAUGUUGCCAGCAGAUACCGCCUGCCAAACUUGUUGGGCAGCUAUGAGAGAAAUACUAUUAGCAUAUUGCUAGAUAUAGGGGAACCAGUCUUCUGCAGCAAACUUCAUGUUGAUGGCAUUUGCAUUAAAUUGCCACAUACUGCUAUCAUCAAGUGGUUAGAGGCUGAACUUUCCCACAAGAGAGUGCAAGAUUUUUGUAAUAGAGUAUUCACAAGAACGUGCUCCCGAGAUCAGCUGUUGUGCUCUUCAUUUAACCUCUUCAGGCAAUAAGUCAGCAGCUGCUUCAUGAUGGGCUCCAUUUCUAGACCAGUUACUGAGUUUUGCCUUGAUCUCUACAAUAAACUCAACAGAAACGCAGAGGACACAAACAUUGUCUUCUCUCCAAUGAGCAUUUCUGUUGCCUUGGCCCUGGUCUACCUUGGUGCAAAGAACAACACUGCUGCUCAGAUAGAAAAAGUGCUCCAUGUCAAGAAAACUGCAGGAAGAAUGAGCCUUGGAUCUGAUAUUGAGAGCGCAGCCCCAGAAAUGGGGCCAGAACGAAGCCAGGAGAGACAGCCUUCCCUCUUGCAGUGUAACGGGGAUGGGGACCUUAACCAUAAAGAGUUCCAGGCGCUGCUGUUACAACUACAAAACCUUGGUGAAAGAUAUGUUUUAACCCUGGCCAACAAUCUCUUUAUACAACAAGGAUUUGUACUCCAGCAGAAAUUUCUAAUGUGUUCUAAGGAACUGUAUGGAGCAAUGCUGCAAACAGUGGACUUUCAUGGUGCUGUUGAAGCUGCCAGAAUGAAAAUUAACACUUGGGUUGAAAGUGAGACACAAGGUAAAAUCAAGGAACUCUUUGCUCCUGGUGUGAUCAAUGCACAUGCAUUGCUGGUGCUGGUGAAUGUAAUCUACUUCAAAGCAUCCUGGGAACACAAGUUUGAGGAACAAAAAACAGUACAGAGAGAUUUUAAACUGAAUCAGAAUGAGAAAAAACCUGUGCAGAUGAUGUAUCAGAAAGGCACAUUUAAAUUAGGCUACAUUGAGGAGAUGAGUGCUCAGGUCCUUGAACUCCCUUAUGCUCAGAAGUCAUUGAGCAUGAUCAUCCUGCUGCCAGGUGACACGGAUGAUGGAUCUACCAGUGGGCUGGAGCAGAUUGAAAGCACAAUGACCUAUGAAAAUUUAAUGCUGUGGGCCUCUUCAGAGCACAUGUUUGAGACAACAGUGGAGGUAUACCUCCCCCGGUUCAAGCUUGAAGGCACCUUUAACCUCAAUGAGGUAUUACAAGAGAUGGGGAUGACUGACAUCUUCACCGAAUCAAAAGCUGAUCUUUCUGCAAUGUCGUUUGCAAAAUCUCUGGUGCUGUCAAAUGUUAUCCAUAAGACAUACGUGGAAGUCAAUGAGGAAGGUACUGUAGCAGCAGCUGGUACAGGAGCUGUAAUUGUGAGGAGGUCUCUUCCUCUCACAGAGGUGUUUAUGGCUGACCACCCUUUCUUAUUCUUUAUAAGACACAAUCCAAGCAAUACCAUUCUUUUCUUUGGCAAACUUUGCUCACCUUAAAAUCAGAACCAUUUUCUAACACUGUGAGAAACACCUGGAUGAAAAUCAGAAAUUGUACUUUUCCCCCAAUUCAUUCUUAAUCCUUUGACAUCUAGUUUGUAUUUCAAAGUAAUCACUACAACCAAUUUAGCUUAGAACCCAUCAACUGGAUGCUCUGUCGCUAGGCUCCUUGAAUUCUAAAUAUUGAUCUGAAUCCAGAACAGGAGUAAAUAUUGCCUUAAACUCACUGGAUAUAAAUAACAUUUUGUUUCCUCAGUGCCCACAUAUGCUCCUGUAUUUCUGCAUUCAUAUAUGUUCCUGCAUAUUAAUAAUGGUGACAAUAGGGUGGAGGUUAGAUGGGACCUCUGGAGGUUGUCUGGUCCACCUUCCCUGCUCAAUCCCUACAUUUGGUUGCCCAGGACCAUGUCCAGAUGGCUUUUGGAUAUCUCCAAGGACAGAGACUCCACCACCUCUCUGGACAACCUCCCCUAAGUGCUCCUAAGUUCUCAGAUGUCUCCAAAGAGAAUUUUGUAUGUACGAUGUCUGCAGGAACAGGAUACAAACCCACACAUUUCUAUAGAUGGUUAAUUAUUUACAUAGUAAAGAAGGCUGCCUUUUAUACAGGGAUAAAUCAAGUGAUUUCAGUCUCAAAGAAUAGGAGGAAAAUAGCCUAAAGCACCCCACUGAAAUUACUGACAUGGAAAACUGUAGCCAUGAACUUCCAAGAGAUGUGUUUUCUUCCUUGCAUGUUGCUGUCUGGUGAAUUUUAAUGAUCUGAGAUGCAGAUCUGAAAGUCAGGGCUCUCUCCAUGCUCUGAGAAAUGAAGAAGGGUUUUGUAAAGGGCAGUGUAAAUCACAGAAAUCAGUUGAACAUAAAGUGGAAAGGUUUUUAGUCUGUGGGAGAAAAAUAAAAUUUGCCGCUGACUGACAAGGAGACAUUACUGCUAAUCUCAUGGUUUAACAUGAGUGACAUAUUCCUUAGAGGGAUUCUGCAUGAGAUUUAACAAAUUAACAUUUGCAAUGUGCUUUAUGACCCAUGAAAGGGAAAAUAUACAUUAGCCAUUCACCAUAUAAUAAUUGUGUGGAAAGCACACUCAUGUUCUGCAUUCAUGAUUACCAUAGUUUAUGCGUUGUAAAUUACCUGGGGCUCUUUGGACAAGAAAAUCUAGGAAAUAAGUGUGAAUGAUAACUGAGCAAGAACAGACCGGGGCAGGAAAAUAAACGAGUUAAAUAAA